AUGAGAAGUUUUACAAAUAAUAUGCUUCUUUCAAAACCCAGCAUUCCAUCUUAUUCCCUCAGUAAUCUUCAGCUGAGAUCACUAAACUCUUGCAACUUCAGGCUUCCUGCAGCUGUUAAUGCAUAUUUUUACAGAACAAGACCUCAAGGCGUUGGAGCUCUUAAAGUUAUUCAAGGAGAAGCAUUGGAGGAGAAGACGAAGGAUCUAUCACCAUUGCAGCUAAACACAUAUGAUCUAGAUGAGGAUGAACAAGAAGAGAGAAUCGAGAUUUUAGUAAAAGAAAUAAAGGAGUUGUUCUCAUCAAUAGGAGACGGCGAGGUAAGUCCUUCAGCUUAUGAUACAGCAUGGGUUGCAAGAAUUCCAUCAAUGGAUGAUCCAAAUAAACCUCAAUUUCCAACAACAUUGGAAUGGGUAAUGAAGAACCAGCUAGAAGAUGGCUCAUGGGGGGAGCCCAUCUUCUUCUCUAUAUAUGACAGGCUUGUUUGCACUCUAUCUUGUGUUAUUACUCUCACACAAUGGAAGCAGGGACAUGAACUAAUAGCCAAAGGUAAAGUUUCCAUUUUCUUAAAUAAUUUGGAUAGUACUAAUGAUGAAGAUGAAUAUGAUGUAUUUGUGACUAUUUAUGUUUUAACACCCAUACUUGUAUAUUGUAUUUGCAUCAGGGCUUCAUUUUUUACAAACAUAUAUUAA